AUGGCGCUUUCCUCGAACAACGCGUUGGUGGCAAAGGCGGGGCAGGCGAAGGCGCAGGGGCAGGCACCAACACCAAAGGCGCCGGCGCCCAAAAGGACUAAGGGGCCGCAGGUGCCAGCGAUCCCACCACUGCCGACCCUUCCGGUUGGGAACGAUCGCCACCAGGCGCAGGCGACCCGUGUGGUGCAGGACCUGGUGCCAUGGGUCGAGUACAAGCUGGCCGAAGCGCUGGUGAAGAUGGGCUUCUACGAUGAGGCGCCGGCGCUGGCUGAGCUUGAGCCGCUGUCGAUCAAGGACAGGGAUGUCGCUGGCGGGGGCGUUGCAUCCUUCAAGGAGAAGUGGUGCCCGCGCAACUGCGCCACAGCGGCCCGGGCCUCCGGCUUGUACGAGGCCGCUGGGAGCCUGUUUUGGGUGCCGGCGGGGGCGCGGGCGCAGGAGGUGCUGCCUGUGCAAGAUUGCACAUGGGCGCAGGUGGAGGAGUUGAAGCCUCUUUUUGAGGAGGCGCAGGAGCUGGCGCGGGUGGUGUUUCCGGCAACCUUGAGUGCCUGGGUGGAGGACAUUUCUGUCCUCUACCCGCCGGGCGCGGGCGAAGGCGACUGCAUGCCGAAGGCACUGACGCUGGUGGAAAAUCACGCGCUGGUGGUGGCGUGGUGGUUGGCGAUGUUCGAAGCCCUCAGGGCGGAGAACCAGGCGCUGGCGCUGAUGCUCUGGCAGGCGACAGACAAGAAAAAGCAGGUGCUGGCGGUGGCGGAUGACAACGUCAUAAAAAAUAAAAAAAAGUUCCAGAUCAUCGUGGAGAAUUGUGGGGUGAAAGGAAUCGGAAAGCAGCUGGAGCACUGGAAGGCGAUCGGCCUCAACUUCAUGGGGAAGCCGGUGUAUCGAAUGUUGCACUACGCUCUUCUGGCGAUUGCGCAGCUGUCAGACAAGGCGCAGGCGUUGUUGCAGGAGCUGGAAAGCAAGGCCGGGCGCGCGUUCUUGACGGAAGGCCACUCCAAGUUGCACAACGUGAUGCGACGCGCAGGCGCUGGCGCGGACAACUCAGAAGCCAUCGAUCCGGUGGAACAGCUGCUGCACCUCCUGCUUGUUGAGGUGGACGGCGAGAAACUGCAGGCGCAGGACGCGACCUCCGACUUCUUCGAGGGCGGCAGAGGCGCCGGCGCUGGCGUGGGCUGGGUGGCGAUGUCGCUUUGCAAGCUGGCGGUGUUGGGGAAGGUGUGCGGCGUGCUGAGCACCUCGGAGGAGGCGUGGGCGAGCAAUGCCUUGCAGCAGAUCAAUGAUUUGGGGAAGGCGAGGCAGGCGCUGGCGAAAGCAGCGGAGGCGGAGUCUGUGAAAGUCUCAGAGGACGGCCUCUGGUCUGCUGUGUUUUCCUCCAAGGACGCGGUCCCGCCAGGCUACGCGGCCGACUUCAUCGCGUACGUCAGCAACUUGUUGGGCGGCGGCUACGACGCGGACCUCAAAACCUUCAAUGACAAAGAGGACUUGGUCGCGCAACUCCUUGCAGGCGAAGGCGACAACCCCGUGCUGAAGGACUGGCGGGAGGCCCUGGACACCCUGGACAGAGGGGUUUCCGGCUUGAGCACCGGCGUGGUGGCGGUUGAUUCGAUCCAGGAGGACUCGCUGGCGUCGGCACCCUUGUCACUGCUGAUGCAAAAGUGCGCCGCCGGCGACGACCUGGAGGAGGUCAGGGAGACUACUCGCCGAGAGCGGGCGGAGGUGUUGGCAAAGGCGCGGGGGCUCAGAAAAGGCCUGUGCCAGUUGUUGGUGCUGCCACAGGCGUGCACCAAGGAGGCGGUGCAGUCGGCCUUGGCCCGUGCAGGUGCAGGCGGAGCUGGCAACUUCCACGGGAAGUUGAACGAGAAGCACCGCGGCUACUUUCUCAUGGCCGACCUGGAGCAUGAGGAGAAGCAGGGCUGGGCGCAGGUGUCAGAGAUGAGCGGCUCUGUCAAACAGCGGUUUUCGCAGAAGUGCGCCUUCUUGAAGGGGCUGGCAGGGUCGUGCGACUUCGUCUUCGUCGGCGAUGGGCGCUGUCGCGCGGCACGUGCGACGAUCGAAGAGGCGCUGGUGAAGGACCUGGACUACACGCAGUUCUUCGAGCUUUGGGUGAGCUUCGCAGGCCCAUGUGUGCGGGCGUCAACGCGGCAGGUGGUGGGCGGGCAGGUGAACAAGGAGAUCAUCUUCGUCAAGCUGCCGGCGCCGCACGUACGCCUGGCCGCCGUGGAUGACUUUGUCUCCAAGAGCAGCGGCGCUGGCGCGAAAGUCACGACGGCGGACACGAACUACGUGAACGUGCCGUUCCUGGCGUCGGCGAAGCUUCCCAAGCUGGCGUGGGCGGACAAGGCCGAGAUCCUUGGCAUGAACGCGGAUGCGGCGCCGGCGGACCGAGCACCGGAUGCGUGGGCGGAUGGCGAGGGCGCAAGCGCGGGCGUGCCACUGUUCUGGCAGGAGUCCAAGGGUGUGGCGGUGUGGCAGGCGUUGGUGAAGAACCAUAUGGUGAAGGAUGUCGUCGACCUGUCACCUGGUUCUGGGGCGCUGGCGUCGGCGUGCCUGUCCAUGGGCAUCCGGUACACGGGCUUCUGCGGCAACGAGAAGCACCGGAAGUGGCUGGAGAACCUGGUGGACAGGCAGGCGCUGGCGCUGGCGGCGACAGAGGGGCAUGCCCUCUGGACGCAGUCGCUGGCGGACCUCAUCCAGCUCCACUUCAAGGAUGUGGUCGCAGGCGAUGGCGGGGAUGGCGGCGGCGACGACGGCGACGAGGAGGGCGAAAACGAGGAGGAUGGCGAGGAGGACGAAGUGCCGCUUAUGGAUGCCGAGUGA